GCUCACGAUGACAACACCGAUUGCAUGGUCCAUAGAAUGGUUCAACAAGAAAGUAAGUUUUGGGAUCACCUGUGCUCGCUCGACUCGCGACGAGAGCUGCAAGAUAAAUGCUGCUUCUGUCGUCUUCUAAGUGGUCAUAUUUCUGUAGCAACAAGAACUGUGAUCGCACAUAAAUCUGCAUCUUUCUACCAGGCACAGACUAUUCAUCGAGUUCUAGUACUUUUUAGUGCACUUUCUGAUACGCUAACAGUGUGCAUUACUUCAGAGAUCGAGUCUCUAAUAUCCCAAGUCUAAUGCAGAACUCGUUUUCACGCUUUCCUUGAUUUCCCACACGACAUCACGACAAUUUCGUCUUCGCCUACUUUCACUGCAAAUUUAAUUCCUCACUUCCUUUUUUUCUAGGCUAAUAUCUAAAAAUGAAAGUCGACCAGGCGGUUGUCACUGGCGCCUGCAAGGGCCUGUUGGAGUUUGUGAAGCAGAGGAAUCAAGAGCAGAAUAAAAACCAGCUCUUCGACGAGAAUACCGAGACGGCUUUGCUGAAAUUCUCCCUGACGGAAAUACCAGCCAAGGCGGUGCACAAACCACAAAGGAUCACGCUGCCGCACCCAUUGUAAUUUGCCUUUUGAUUUUGCAUGACAGAUUUUGAUGACCCCAUACUGAUACCGUGAAUUUGUAUGAUGUUGUACUGAGUAGCGUUACAUUUGCCAGAGCCAUGUUUUGUUUCGUACAGUUCAUCGCAUGAUAAAUUUCGCAAAACUUUUGAAAUUAUCAAAACAGCUAUACAUCCUCCGAUGUUUGCGUUUUCGUGCGGGACGACUUGGAAGAUCGGGAGAAGAAAUUUCACGAAAAAAAGCGAAAAUUGUGGAAGAACAUGAUCAAAGAAGAGAACGUCGAGGCGGUAUUUGUUUAUUGUUUGUUCUUCCUUAUAUUUGUUUUGCAUCACAAGGUAUGGUAGUUCCUCUUGUAUUGCUACGACACGCAUGAAAAGAGCAAGACAUCGAAAAGCGCAUCCUGUAGCUGUACUUUUCCAGUUACACCAAUUCAUGUGCUCGUCCCAUCAUGCACACAAAACCCACUCAAAAAUCCCAGGUGAAGAAAGUGAUUUCUGUCGAUAAGUUGAAGAAGGAAUUCAAGCAGUUCCAGGACAAGCGCGAGCUGGCGCGCAGCUACGACCUCUUCCUCUGCGACAAGUCGAUUAUUGAGAUCAUGCCGAGAGAGCUCGGCAAAACAUUCUACAAGCACGCGAACAAAAAGCCGUGGCCGGUGGUGAUCGAAAAGAAGGACCCGGUUGGGGGAAUUAAGGAGGCGCUUAAUUGCACGACUUUGAACAUUCCCAACGGGCCGGACAUGGCAAUAAAGAUUGGAAGGUGUAACAUGAAGGCGGAAGAACUAGCGGAGAAUUGCAAUGCGGUAUUGAUGUUUGUUUCUUGUUUGACUAUGAUCUUGAUCGCCCGAUUCCUAUGCACACCAUACGUAGUGCUCAAUUGAUCUCCGAUGGUGCUACUUCUUCUCCUGGAAUUUAUCUACGCGUUGUAAUUGUAUCAAAAAAAAAUGCAAAACACGACAGGUGAUCAAGGCGGCUCAACCAUACUUGAAGAAGUUUAACCUUUCUGUCAAGUCCGCCUGCGUUUCCGCGACGGACUGCAUUUCCCUUCCGGUUUACGAAAGGGAAUUGAAGGAGGACGAGUUUGUGGUCGUCGGAAAGGAAUUCGCGAAGAGCGGAACUGCUGGUGAGAAGAGCAACAAGAGAACAAGAACGUCAGCCACAACAGCGGCGGAGUCAAGUGAUGAGGAGAAGGAGACCAUUGCAGCAGAGAUGGAAAAGAAGGCAGCUGGAAGAAAAGGCGGAAAAAAGUCGGCUGAGAAGGAAAGCAUGCCACUACUGAAGAAGAGAAAAAAUAUGGCUAUGAAGAAAGCGAGUGCCUAAAGUUGUGAUGAGGUGUGCUGAUGCUUCUCUCUCGAGACAUCGACCUCCUUUGUUCUCUCCUCGCUGCAUGACAACAGCUUUGUCUUGCACCAAGGAUUGAGACCUGACAUGGCCUUGCUCUAGCUUUCGCUUGCAAAAAAAAAAUCGCUGUUUGAUGCAGCUGACGCUGACUGUUCGUAUUUGAUGACUACUAUCAUCAAAGCAUCGCAAUAAAG